AUUGCUUCUGAGCGCACACUUUUAAUGUUAAAGUUAAUUUUUUUUUAAUGUGGCUCAGUGAUUUUUUUUUAUUGUGCCAGUUCUAAAAUAUAUUUGAAUCGAUAAAGCCGUACCGUUUACAGAAAAAAAGAUCAUCUCACUGUUGCAUUCAUAAUGUCUGCGGAUGUUGGAAUACGAUUUCCAGUUUGGGACUUGAGUAAGAGCCAAUAUGAAGAAACGGAUUUUCUACCGCUCAUGUCAACGCCUGGACCGGUGAUGGUGAUUUUAGCAGUUUAUUUAUUAUACGUACUGAAGAUUGGACCAGCUUUAAUGGUAAAGAGAGAACCCUAUAAAUUGACAACAGUACUGCUGCUAUACAACGCAAUCCAAGUAGCUUAUUCCAUAUAUUUAGUUCAAAAGUAUUUUAGACACUUAUUACAACACGGGCUAGUGCCGAAGACUUGUUUCAUAAACCAAGAGUCCGAACGGAACGAGAUUCUCUUUAGUAUUUGGUUGUAUUUCGCGGCCAAAGUUUCGGAACUUUUAGACACAGUAUUCUUUGUCCUUCGUAAAAAGGAUAACCAGAUCACCUUCCUCCAUCUCUACCACCACUCCAUAAUGAUGAUUGGAACCUGGGCCUAUUUGAAAUACUGGCCUUCGGACACAUUAUUCUUCAUCGGAUUCCUCAAUUCCUUGGUUCACGUGUUCAUGUAUACUUACUAUGGUCUAUCCGCUUUGGGACCGAGAGUUGCCAAAUACAUCUUUUGGAAGAAAUACAUGACGAAAUUUCAGUUGGUACAGUUCGUAUGCAUUAUAAUACACUACAUCGCAGCUGUUCGAAACUCGGAAUGCCCGCCGUCAAGUGGGGUAGCGACUUUCAUUGGUACCAAUACCGCGUUCUUCCUAAUUCUAUUUCUACAUUUCUACAGACAGAGUUAUAACAGACGGAAGAAUAUAUCGAAUGAAAAUGUCAGUGCUACGAAAUGUAAUAAAGAAUUAUAGAAAUAUUAACAUUUAAUAAUGUAAGUCUGCAUAAUCUCUCUAAUUUUCCGUUCUCAAAUCGAUAAAUUCUAUCAAAGACCUGAAAUUAGCGUUCCAGUCGGUACGUUUAAACGCCAAUUUCUCCAUAACUAAACAUGUAACUCUAUUUUAUUAAUUAAAUAACUUUUUAUUGUAUGAAUGUUCAAAGAAUAGUUAUAGAAAAUCACAAACUACGAUAUGUACUAUAAGAACUUUUAAUUAUAUUUUUUGUCAUAAAUAAAAUCAAUUAAAUAAUUUCUUAUUCACAUGAUCAUAAAAGUAAGCUUUAAAAAAUUGCUUGAAAGUUACAUUAAAGUAAAAAAGUAAAAUAUGUGCGCAUGAGUAUGUGAUUUGCACUAAUUCAAUUUGACAUACAUGCAAAUGGUUAAACAUAGAUUAGUAGGUUUUUUUUUAUUGAUACUCGUAACCACUACCGUAACACGUGAUUGGACGUUUGACUGGAUGAGAAGAAUAUACCAAAAUUGAGACAUUUAAAUAGAAUAAUUUUAUUUAUAAAUGAAAUAAAUAUAUUUCUGUUAAUUUAUAUUUUAAGUUUAUAUAAGACAUAGAUAGUAAAUAAUAAAUUAAUAAUAUUAUUUUGCAUAAACAAUUCUGAAUACGUUAAAACUUUUUUAUUGAUAAAAAAUUUUACUCUAUACGGUUAGAC